CAUUCACAUAUCAUGUUUGACAAAAUGCCUAAACAACUCUCCCAAAACCAACAGCUCCCUCUUCACUAUCUUUCUCUCUCAAAACCUUCCAUUUCUCCUCCAUGGAAAAGCAUCUCCACCCACCGCCGCCUUCCCCCCACGGCCGCCGCCGCCGCCAGCAACGCCGCUGUGAAUGGGUGUUUCUAGAUGUUCCAAGUGAUAUAACCAUCCAUGUAGAUGAUGCUACAUUCUCAUUGCAUAAGUUUCCUUUGGUUUCAAGAUGUGGAAGAAUCAGGAAGCUCUUAGCGGAGCUUCCUGAUUCCGAGUGCACGACGUCGAUCGAGCUCCGCGGCCUCCCGGGAGGCGCGGACUCGUUCGACCUAGCGGCGCAGUUCUGCUACGGCGUCAACUUCGAGAUCACCGCCGCGAACGUCGCCGAUCUCUACUGCGCCUCUCACUACCUCGAAAUGACGGAGGACUACUCAAACGGCAACCUCAUCUCCCGCGCCGGAGAGUAUCUCGACACCGUCGUGUGCCGGAGUCUCGAAACGAGUGUCGAAGUCCUCCGCUGCUGCGAGCCCCUCCUCCCCCUCGCCGACGACCUCCGCGUCGUCGCCCGCUGCGUCGACGCCAUCGCCUCCAAGGCGAGCGCCGAGCAGAUCGCCUCCAGCUUCUCCCGCCUCGAGUACAGCAGCUCGGGCCGGCUCCACAUGAGCAAGCAUGCCCGAGGCGGGGGAAGCGGAGGAGGCGGGGACUGGUGGGCGGAGGACCUCUCGGUCCUCCGCAUCGACCUGUACGAGAGGGUGAUCGCCGCGAUGAAAAGUCGCGGCGUGAGGCCCGAGAGCGUCGGGGCGGCCCUCGUGAGCUACGCGCAGCGGGAGCUGCUCAAGAAGGCGAGGCCCGACCACGAGCCGCGGCUCGUGGUCGAGACCAUCACCGGCCUCCUCCCGCUCGAGAGGUUCGCCGUGCCCCUCUCGUUCCUCUUCGGCCUGCUGAAGAGCGCAGUGGCGCUCGACUGUGCGCUCUCCAGCAGGCUCGACCUCGAGAGGAGGAUCGGGUCGCAGCUCGACGCUGCGACCCUGGACGACGCGCUGAUCCCCUCGUCCGGGAACGAGGGGGACACGUUGUUCGAUGUCGACACGUUUCAUCGGAUUCUGAUCAACUUCUCACAGCAGGAUUGUGACAGUGAGGAUGAUGAUUUGGAGUCUCUGUUUGAAUCGGACAGCCCCGCGGCUGCGGCUUCACCGUCGCAAUCAGCGUUGUUUCGGGUUUCGAAAUUGGUUGAUAGUUAUUUGACUGAGAUUGCUUCCGAUGCUAAUUUGAAGCUCAACAAGUUCGUGGCAGUGGCGGAAAGCCUUCCGGCCCAUGCUCGAACAGUCCACGACGGACUGUAUCGAGCCAUCGAUGUAUACCUCAAGGCUCAUCAAGGCUUAACAGAUCAAGAGAGGAGGAAGCUCUGCAAACUGAUCGAUUUCCAGAAACUCUCCCAGGAAGCCGGGUCCCACGCCGCCCAGAACGAGCGGCUCCCCCUCCAGUCCGUCGUCCAGGUCCUCUACUACGAGCAGCUCCGCCUCCGCACGGCCCUGCUCUGCACGGGCUCCUCCGCCUUCCCGGACGACGACGCCAAGCCCGCCGCGCACCAGUCGUGGCGGAUCAGCAGCGGCGCCCUCAGCGCGGCCAUGUCCCCGCGCGACAACUACGCGUCGCUGAGGCGGGAGAACCGCGAGCUGAAGCUCGAGCUGGCCCGCCUCAGGAUGAGGCUCAACGACCUGGAGAAGGAGCAUGUUUGCAUGAAGAGGAACAUGGACAAGGACAAGUCCAGUUCGAGGAAGUUCUUGAUCUGUUUUGCUAGGGUGAUUGGUAAGAUGAGGGUGUUGGUUCGGUGUUACUCGACAGCGUCGCCGUCGCCAUCGACAUCGAAGCAGUUGCAGGGGGAGAAGAUGAAACAACACAAUUUGUAGGUGUAUAUGUUUUAUACUUGUUUGUACUUUCUUCCAUCUUGUUUCUUGUUAUUCGUUUACUAUUUUUCAUCACAUUCUUUCUUGAUAUAAAGCAUAAUCAACAAAUGAAAUUAUUUAAUUAAAUUUA